ACGCGCGACACAAGAUUUCCGUUCUUCAGCAGCGGGCGAUCGGUCGUGGGCGAUCGGGGUUCUGUGAACUGAGGAGGAUCGCGCGCGCUGCUGGGCAGGUCAGGUACCACAUUGUGAAGGGGAAAAAGGGCCAUCUGCGCCCGACGUCCCGCCACGUCGCUUGCGCGUUGUGUGACUAAGCGGGGAGGGGCGGCAGUUGGCGUUGCUACUCGUAUCCGUCGAUCCCAUCAAUCCAUCCAUCCAUCGAACGCAGGCAGACCGUUCGUCAUUCCGCAUCUGUCGGCGAGAACGGAGCGUGGAGGAGGAGGAGGAGGAGGAUGGGAGGUGGUCAUGCCGGGCCGGGGGUGACAUUUGGCGGUCUGACUCUCCACCCGGCGAGGCGAUGGCAGACACGUGUCGGUCAAGGGAUGUGCGCAAUGAUGUGGCUAUGGAUUUUCUACAGAGCUAAGGAAGAUGGGGCGGCGCUCUUGGGGCUCCGUCAUCCUUGGGAAGGCCAUGGCCAUGGCCAUGGAAACGGGCACGGGCACGGGCCCGGGGAGGGGGGGCGGGGGGAGGGAGGUGCCAGCGGACAUGGGAGCGGAAAGUCCGCCGCGGAUCAUUAGGGUGAAGUCCCACUUCACGCUCGGACGUUACUGGAUGUAUCCGACUGGAAUUCCAGCCUGACCUGAACGUAUCUGACCGCAAUUACGUCCAGAGAUCCGUCAAAAAGGUCCUAGUAUGAGUAUGCUCUCAGAGUGUUCGCAAAGCGAGGGAACGGAAGGGAAUACUCCUGACGGCCAAUGGGAUGGAUGCAGCAUGAUCGGACGGUCACAUUCUCGUAUCGGGUUGACUGGACGCUCUUGGACAGGAACCGGGUCGCAGAUGCGGUCAGAUACAGGGGUGUGAAAAUGCACCAGGGCGGGGUAUUGUAAGCGGGAGCGACCGGUAGCUGCCGUGCGCGGGACAUACGCGGACGAGCAGUCGUGCGCGGGACAUACGCGGACGAGCAGUCGUGCACGUGAACUUCAUGGCGGGAAUGGGAUGACAAGGGAGAUGGCGGGAAAGAAGGAAGGUGGACAGGAACAAGGAAGGUGGCGGGAAAGAAGACGGAAGUUGCAUGGCGGGAGAUGUAAUGUCUGGUGGAACCGAAGCAUGGUCCAAUCGAAGGAAAGCCUUAUGAACAAAAAAGAAAAAAAAAAACAAUCUUUGGUUCAAUCGAAGGAAAAGCGCGGCUGCUUGGAAUGCGAACGGCGACCGUGCGUGGUCCGGCUGCAGGGGAUCGUUGACAGGGCGCUGUACGGAGAAAGGGGCACAGCUGGGAGAGAAGGAAGAGGGAAGGUCCUGUAUUGUGGGGCAGGGGGGGGGAGGGGGAUGCACAGAGACGGAGACACACACACACAGACACACAGAGAGAGAGAGAGAGAGAGAGAGAGAGAGAGAGAGAGAGAGAGAGAGAGAGAGAGAGAGAGAGAGAGAGAGA